AACCUUAGUGUAAUUUGUAACUCUCUUGUUUCUUAAUGAAGGGUGGUGUUUCUUACCAAAAAAAAAAAAUGAAAACCACAAAUUUUAGACUUUUGUGCAGAAGUCUCUUUCAUGUAUCCGAUCAUAAAAACAAAAUCUUAUUGGAACGUUCAUAAUUGUACUCGCUCAAUAAUAUGAUGGAUGUAUAUAUAAAUAUGAGUGAUGGAGGUAAGAUAUUUCAUUAUCUGUGCACAACACAUUCUAUGAAUCUGAGUGAACCUAAUCUGAGUGAAUUAGGGUUUUCAAAAUUAAUUAGAAAUUCAAAUAGGGAUGGAUGUUGAGAAAUUAAAGGAUGGGUUUGCAUGAUUUGAAGACCUGAAUUAAGAUUUGAACUCGAGCAAGGGAAAAGAGGAUUUAAGGUUGUAUUUUAAGGUUUCUGAGAAUUAGUGAUGGUGAUGAAGAAUUUUUUAGGUGUUGGUUGAAUUGAAAUGAGAAAUUGUUGAUGGUCUUGAGAUGGGUAGCUGAAUCGAAUCAAAGUGAAGCAGCAAUUGAUAUCAAUUGCUUGAGUGGAACUAAUUUGAGGUAAUGGUUUUUCUUGGUUAACUGAGUAAAGUUAUAUAUAUUCAGUUCUGAGUUUACAUGAAUUGUUAAUGGAGUUGUAGUUGUAGUUAAGUUUGUGAUUGAAUUCAAGGGAUUGGUACAUAUUGGAGAUGGAACAAGAAUUGAGUUUUGAAAUUUGGUUUGCAUCAACAGUUGAGAGUAAGGGCUUGAUAGUGUUAGUCAGCUGCACUGAAAUGGCAAUGAGUUGCAGGUGGGCGUUUACAAGAUAUGAAUAUAUUGUUAUUGCAAUAAUGGAAAUGAUUGAGACUAAGAGAGUGAUACAGAGACUGUAAUGGAGAUGCAAGCUGAGAUGAUAUUGAGACAUGAGCCAGUUCUGCUGGUGUUGGUUUUGUUUGUGAGAUGAUGGGACUAUACUGGGUUGCAGAUGAAGUUAAUUGUGCUGGUAAGAACUCGAUUUGAAUGUGUAGAGGGUCAUUUAGUAAGCAAAUAUAAUAUUGCAGUUAAGAGUGGACUGAUUGUUUUAGAAGCGUAAGAUGAACUUAGUAAUAGUACUAUAAUGGUGGUGCUGCUAAUGCAGGAAAGAGGUCUGAGCAUUCAGUAGUAGACCAGAAGGUAGUUCAGCUCAAAUUGGUGAACAUGUGUAACUUAUUUGUUUUACUGCCGAACUAAAUUUGAAUAGGUUUUCAAAUCUGAAACAAAUACUAAAGUUAGUAUUACACAUGGUAAAACACUGUCUUUGGGGUUUAUCUACUGGCUAAGCAUGUUAUUCAGUAUAUCCUGCAAUGAAUACGUCGUUGGGAUUUGCAGAAACGGUAAAGUUUUCAUUUUUUUUACUUAUUAUACUUGCAAGGCAACUUAAACCUUAAUUUUUUGAAGCUUGGUAGAUUGGUUCAAAUUUUAGAUUCUCUAACUAAAUAUGCAAUCAUAUUUCGCUUGGUAACUAUAUUAAAAUUGACAAUAUUGGAAAGCCUGAAGGGCAGUUAAUUGCUGAAACAUGAAUUGGUUUUAGUGUUUUACUAAUAUUUUAUUGACUGAGCUGCAUAAGUUGAGCAAUAUGGCUCAGUUACUCAAUGUUAAAACCAUUUUCUUAUUGAAACGGGGUUGUUCUACUUUAAGGCUUCUUGCUGCCACUGCUGUGCGAAGGUUACAGCCGGAUAAUGAAGACUCAAAUGGAAAGACAGAAACUGAAAAAUCAAAGAAGGAUUGUCUCAUGCCAGAUCUGUGUGUCAUAUGCUUGGAACAGGAGUACAAUGUUGUUUUUGUUCCGUGUGGUCAUAUGUGCUGCUGUACAACAUGCUAUCUCGCAUAACCAGUUGCCCACUCGGCUGGGUAUCAAACAGGUGGUAAGAACUUUCCGCCAUUAAUAGAAGCUUGGAGGAUUCAGACCGACCAGGCCACAUGGCAAGGGACAAGAAGUUGAGUUCCUUGAUGUUGUAUUACUUUUUACAAGUUCCGGUGAAUUUUCCAAAAUAAAUUCAGUGAUCCAAAACAAAAAUUGCUAUAGAGGUUAAUUUGGUUCUUUAGUUGGAAAUACCAUAUGUACAUGUUUUCCUUGUAAAAUUGGAAUUGCUCAACUUAGGAGUGGUUCCUACUGUCAAGCUGUCUAUCUAUCUAUUUCAUAUUGAUGAUUGUUAUUCCCUUUGUCUUUGCAUCUCUCUGUGGUUGAUAUUAUUUUUGGCACUGCAAUU